UCGUUACCAUAGUAACUUUUGAUCUUAAUUAGAAGAUGAGAGAAGAGAGAUUUUGUCAUAUCUUAUGUAGCUAAAGGUUCUGAGCUUCUGCCGAUACUUGCAAGAGAUGUCUUAUCAAGCAGCUGUUGGAGAAUCCACAAUCAGUGGUCCUGCUACUUCAAAAAAUGCAAAGUCGUCCAUUAAGGUCACCAAAAUGAUAAAUGGUCCUGCAAUCAAAGCUAAGAGAACUCCAUCAAAUUUUUUGUUUGAGAUGAAACAAUCCACUGAAGAGAAACUCGCCAACACUCGAGAGAUGUAUCCACCAAAGAUUGUAGAGCUACUGGACAUUGGAACCUCAUCUCAUCAAAAGGAUGUGAGUCUAGAUGUGGACCAAGCACUGUUUCAGCCCUACCCCUCAGAGGUGUUCUUUCAACAAUUCGAGCCCCGCAAGACCUAUGUCUUCCCACUCCAACUUAGAAACCUGGACAGAGUAGCCCGUCAUAUCAAAGUGACUUAUGAUGAGUCCCCAUAUUUCACUGUGACUUGUCAGAAACUGGCUGGUAGUAAAGUUGCUCCUGGUAUGGAGAUCACAUACCAAAUCACCUUCACACCAGAUGAAAACAAGGAUUACAUUCAGGAGCUAGUGUUUGUGACUGAGAGAGAGAAAUUUAUAGUUCCAGUUCAAGCCAUCGGUGCCAGAGCCCUGUUGGAUUUCCCAGAUGAUGUAAAAUUCUCUGCAGCUCCAGUCAAGUAUGCUUCUACUAAUACUGUUCUUGUGAGAAAUGUGGGAAACCGUGAGGGGAAAUUCAACUUGAAAACAGAGCUGCCUUUCUCUGUGACUCCUACCACCUCCACAUUGGCAGUGGGUGCCUGCAUGCAAGUCAGUGUGGAAUUCACUCCUAAGAAGCUAGGUGACCAUAACAAAGAAUUAAUCAUCUACUACGAAACUGGUGAGGAGGUAUAUACCCAGCUGUAUGGCAGUGCGGUGGACGUCAAUGUGCGACUGGAUCGUAGCUCCCUCACACUGGACAACACCUACCUGGGUCUGUCCUCAGAGCGCAGUGUGGUCCUGCAUAAUCGCAGCAAUGUUGUGGUGCACUAUCAGUGGAAGGCCUUUGCCAGUGAGCUGGAGGAGAAUGUCAGGAGACAAGACAAAGCCCGUCAGCUGGCAGAGGAGGAAGCACUGUCUAAAGAAACAUUCUUUGAUCGCUGCAUGCACGACCCAUUCAUCAGAGAUAGACUGCCCAUCCUCACUAGGAACCUGGACAUCAAGAAAAAGUAUCUGGAUGAAGAGAAGUUUCUCUAUUCUGAUGAAGCAAUCACUCUAGACCCAAUCGAAGGAGACAUUUGGCCCAACUCUCAGGCCGAGGUUUCAGUGAUGUUCCAACCCGAGGAGGCCACCUCCUACUCGAGGGUGCUCUACUGUGACAUCACUGGCAGAGAAUCUAGACUGCCUCUCAAAAUUCGAGGGGAGGGUGUCGGCCCACGCUGUGUAUUCUCAUUCGACACUCUGGACAUUCAGAACGUGUUUGUCAAUUCUGCUCAUGCCUAUGAGGUGGUGAUUGAGAAUAAAGGAGAUAUUGAGGCCUUGUUUUCACUUGUUCCAUCGGAGUCUCUGUUUGGGCCCAAGUUCACCUUUGCCCCCAGUAAUGGCGUGCUGAGUCCUGGAAAACUACAGGCUGUUCAGAUCUCAUUUUCCUCGUCAGAACUGGGUGGCUUCAACGAGGAGUUCCAGUGGUUUAUCGAGGGCUCCCCCCAGCCACUGCGUCUCAAGAUACAAGGAGAGGUCAUCGGACCAACUUUCCAAUUUGACACCAGUCAGAUCAACUUUGGAACAGUGCCAUAUGGUUUCCAAACAACUAAGGAGGUGGUGCUGACCAACACUUCAGAGAUCCCCAUGACCUUUACCCUCCAUGUACCUGGGUCUGGUGACCCCGGUGACCCCCAAGAGUUUGAGAUAUCGCCUGAGUCUGGCACCUUACCACCAAACUUCCAUCAAGUCAUCCAGCUUCACUUUACCCCCUCCUCCGUCAAGGCCUACUCUGCCAUGCUGGUGGUGGACAUUCAAGAAGCUGGCAGAAAUGUCUUCUCUUUACCUAUCAAUGCCAAAGCCACUGUCCCUCCGAUACAACUACUCACACCAUUACUAAACUAUGGUCGCUGUUUCCUCAAACACUGUUACUCUCACGAUAUUGAGCUCUUGAACGACUCUGAGUUUCCUGUCAAGUACUCGAUGUGUCCACAAGUGGACAAGAAUUCAUUAAUCUAUUCCUCGGCACAAUCCAAUGGAGUCAUAGCACCACACACUGCACACAGUAUCGAGUUACUCAUUGAGACUCAAUGUCAAGGAGAGAUCAUAACAACUGCUCUCAUUGAUAUUCUUGGAGGUACCGAUCCGCAAUUGGAAGUGGCCAUUUGCUGUAUUGGAGAGGGCCCUGUAAUUAAUGUGAGGCCUGAUUCACUUGAAUGGGGUAUUUGUCCCGUGUUGAGUGACAUCACCAAGACAAUCAUGCUCUCAAACGAAUCCAUUAUACCGGCAGAGUUCGAAUGCACGCUGGCUCGUGAGAAAACCAUAUUCUCAGUGGAGCCGAUAUCUGCUGUGAUUCCUCCUAACCAGUCCCUGGAGCUCUCUGUCACUGCUCUAGUUGAUGACUCCCUCAAGUUUUCUGACAAGCUGACCAUACUUGUGUCUGAUGGAGUGAGCUUCACUGUGCCUCUGAGUGCCGAGGGCCAGGGGACCACCAUCGUGAGUCACCCUCCCCUCCAGCCAGGUGUGGACCUCGGACACUACUUCAGCAACGGACCCUGUCAGAACAAUUUCAUUCUCACUAAUAGGGGGCGACGAGUACAAGCCCUCUCUUGGUCCACUGAGGGUUUCUCUGCGGCCAAGCUAAAGAAAGCUGAGCUUGAGAAGAGGGGCAGGGACAAGAAGGACAUGGUAGUCAAGCACUCCUUCAGCAAGUUUCUUGAGGUGAAGAAGCCUCUGUUUGAGAUGACCCCCAACAAGUGGAUACUGGAGCCCUACCAGUCAGUAGUGGUCACCCUUAUUGGACACUCGGACAUUCCUCAGGUAGUGAAUGAGCGGCUGAUAUGCCAUGCCAUUAUUGGCAUGAACCCCCUGAAAGAGAGGAUCAUGACAGUCGAUGUGCGUGCCGCCUUUGUGGCGCCUCUCCUGGAGUUCUCCUCACAAGAGCUGCUCUUUAAACUGCAUCAGCCACCUGGAAGUAAGCUGAUCCAUCACAGUCAAAACUUGGGAGUGCGUAACAUCUCUCCCCUCCCUGUGACCUCUCUGCUCCUCUGUGAGUACCCCUUCUCCAUCAUCAGGGAUGGACUGCCUCGAGCACAAGUGGAGCUGGCCUUGAAGCCCCAACAGGACUCCACCAUCACAGUCCUUUAUGACUCUACGUACUGUGCAGAUAAACACUCCAGACAAGAGGACUCCUAUUUGGCUGUGGCUUACAAAGAACAUUCACAAAAGGAUCGCAUUGCUCUAAAAUCAGAGGUCCAUUUCCCGAACUUGAGCUUUGAGAUUAUGGAACUGGAUUUUGGCUGUAUCCUUAAUGACACUGAAAGCAUCCAGCACAUUACAAUGACUAACAACAGCCCACUGGAUGUCGCCUAUAGCUGGUCCUUCCUCAAGAAACCCCCAGCACAGCAUGUGGACCCUAGUCAAUUGGACGAAGGAGUGGACAUGCAGAGCGAAUGUGAAACAGACUCACUGGAUGAACAAAGUGACCAAGAAGAUGAUACAUCGCUUGAUGCUACUAGUGAAACAACGGAACAAGAUAACGAUAACUCUCCCAGUAAUCAUUCUUCUACAGUGUCCCCUUCGUUGAGAAGUUGUAACAGUCAUAAGAGGAGUCAACAGAGCAGUCCAGGCUCUAAGACGGACGGUACGACUACUUCUCACAGCAUAGAAAGUUUAUCUGCGGUCAAAGACGGUGUACGUGGCUCUCCAGAGCUUCAGAAUUUAAAUACAAUGUCUUCAGCACAUUCCAGGGAUAUGUCUCCACCUCUAGAUGCUGAUACUGCUGAUGAAGCUGAACUGGACGGUGGUAGUAAGAGUGCAAUAAUUGAGAUCAAGCCACAGCCCUGGGAAUUACUUGCUGACCCCUUCACACCCACCAGGAUCGAGCAAAUAUUUGACAUCCUGCCUUUGCAUGGGGUGCUUGAGCCAGGCACAUCCCAGCAGGUCCAAUUCUCAUUCUACGGUCACUCUGGAGUGGCUACAGAGGUAACUGCAGCAUGUCGUGUGGAGGGAGGACCCACCUACCAACUCCGACUGAGUGGAGAGGCUUCAGAGGUGCAGUACCGAUUCAGUAGGAAGUGGAUUGACUUGGGAAAAGCGAUGUACGACCAUGUGCACACUUCUCAAAUACUGCUCUACAACUCUGGGAAGGUUGAUCUGGACUACUGUGUCCUGGGAGCUAUUGACUCCACCCUUCAUGCCCCUACACCUGGAUCUUUAUCCGUACACCCUCCUAUGGGCCACAUCCCAGCAUUGGGAGAGCAAAUUAUCACCAUCACUUUUCUACCCGGUACCCCAUCUGUGUUUGAAAAGAGUCUGCAUAUACAAGUGGCACAUUUUGAGCCUGACAUCAUCACUGUAACUGGAGAGGCUGUAUUUCCCCGCAUUGCAUUCGACAUUCAACGUGAUUUGUCACAAGUUGCAGAGGCUGUUAUUGAAGAAGCCAAGACAAAUUUAUCUUCAAUAGAGGGUGAGAGCGGUGUACAAGAGCUAGAGGCAGAGGUUGAGAGACUUCUUGUUCGUGGUUAUGCUCAAGACCAGACUACUAAAGCACAGAAGAAGUCAUUCAGGGGCUUACCCAGAUUCCACCUGGACUUUGGCUAUGUAGUGUAUGGUAUGGUUGCCUCACGAACCUUCCACCUAACCAACGUUGGUCACAUCCCUGUCUCCUUCACCACCCCUCACAAGCUACUACAGCACAGUGGGUUCUCAGUGGACCUAGGAGAAAAGGUCAAGGCAUUGCCCCCCUAUGAGAGCCUGGACUUCACUGUGACCUUUGACCCAGCGGCUAUUAAAUGCUCUAAUGGAAAGAGGCUCAUUGAGGUCCCUUUCAAUCUUGUUGGUGGUCCAUCCUACUCUGUCAUGUUCACUGCACAAGUCACUCGGCCCAGCAUGCAGUUCUCUGAGAGCUAUAUUGACUUUGGGACGGUUGUCUGUGGUCAGUGCAGACUCGUCACCAUCAGGCUCACCAACCCUGUCACAGUCAGUUGUAUGUGGACUGCUGUGACUGCCAAGCCUCCUAAGAAGAUUCCUCGCCAUGUUCCGCUCCAUCUUCGAAAGAAGAUGAAGCAGAAACCUCCUCCAAACUUCUUUGAGGUCAGUCCCUCCUCUGGAGUGCUGCUACCGGGAAAAACAACCGACAUCAAGAUCAUCUUCAUGCCGAGUGAAGAGAUUCACUAUGUGGAUGAGAUUCCAUUCUCUGUUCACCAGAAUCCAGACAGUGAUCUGUGUCUACACGUGGAGGGGAGAGGCAGCGAACCACAACUUGUAUUCAGUCCCACUCUCGUAAAGUAUGAGCCAGUACUGCCAUUCUCACCAGGCUCAGAAACUGAGAUCACUGUCAGCAACCCAAUGCCCUACCCCGUCGAGUUUUAUUCUCUUGAGUUUGAUAAGCAGUACCUGGAGGAAGAAGAGAUUCUCCGUGACAUUAAGGAGUACGACAGUCAGCAGCGACUGAUGCUCCCACCCCCCACUCUGGGGGAGUCCCUACCCAACGAAAUCUUAAAAGCCUACAAAGGUCAAAAGCCUGACCCUCAUGAUCAGCGAACAGACACAGAGACUAAUUUACCCAGUGAUGCCAAUCUUGAAAGCACCGUUUCUGUUCAAGGCCAGUCUCAAACUACCCAUGAUUUACUCGAUGAUCCAAAAAGUGUUCAACAAAGCACUUGUGCGCUGGCAUCAACUAUGAACUUACCCGUUAUCGAAUCUCUCUCAGCACUUACACAGCUAACUGCAGUGACUGCAACUAGCCUACCUGAAAUGUUGUCUCCCGUGAAACAGGCAAUUGCACACUACUUGGGAAUCGAUUUGUCACCAGAAGCGGCAGAAGCUGAAAAAAGAAAAGGAGCCGCUAUUAUUGUGCAUGGCCCACCUUCAUCAGGACGAACCACUCAAGCCAAGCGUAUAGCUGAAGCGUAUGGAGCCACUGUAUUGGUCAUGGAUGAGGUAAUUAUUGAGGCAAUAUCAAGCGCUAGAACUGAGUUUGGCCGAAAAGCACGUAAAUACCUCAUAGAUAGUGUUGCUAUCAAAGAAGAUGUAAAUGAUGCACCUUCCGGCCUAUCAGUUUUCUCAAAGAAACAAUUCAAUGCCAAAGAGAAAGAGAAAGACAAAGAAACUACAAUCGAAGUACUACCUCUUCCUGUACCACCAUCUCACUUCAAUGUUGAUGUGCUACAAAAUAGCGAUUUUGCAGUCCCUGAAGGUCAACUUAUGCCUAUAGCUCUACCUGAAAACCUUGCUUAUGAAAUAUUGGCUGAACGAUUGCAGCAGUCUGACUGCUAUAGAGGAGUUGUUUUUGAUGGGAUUGAAUCACAUUUUGCAGCAAGUAUUCAAUUAUCUACAUGUAUUGUACUGCGAGCAUUUAGUAAUCGUGCACACAUCUAUUUUGUGAACCUCGAAAUGGAUUUUGUUGAUAUUCAGAAAAGGCUGGACAAUAUUGAAGAGAUCCAGCAACUACAAGAAGAAAAUUUGCAAAAAGAACUGCUGCAGAUAGAAAAAAUCGAGAAGGAAAGGAUUGAAAAAUUGUUAGCACUUGACGAAGAUGAGUAUGAAGCAAAGAGCCUUGAGGAACAGAGAGAAAUCGACACAAUACGGUUUAGAAUUAAAAAAGAACAACGGGAGAAACGUAAACAGGAAAAAGAGGAGCAAAAACGAAGAGAAAUGGAGCUUCGUGAGGAAGAAAUGAGAAGGCUUGAAGAGGAGAAAAUGAAAAAGAAGGGACGUAAAGACCCAAACAAACAGCACCGUGCCAGUAAUGUAGCGAAACCUCCAGCAGUCACAGUACUAAUGCAUCAAUCAGGCACUUCACCAGGCCAAUCACGACCUGGUUCAUCUCACCACCCUACUCAUGGACAAUUGAAUCUUGGUGGAACAGGUAAUAUGACCGCUUCAGGAGUUAGCAUUCAAUCUGUGCUCGAGUCUCCAGGAGGAGGCGGCACACCAAAAAGGAAAGUACCCAAGAAAGGUGGUGCUCGGUCAAUACUCGAAGACGACCAACCGACUGAAUGUUGCACUCUUUUACAAAAGAAAUACAACCAUUACACCACAUUUAUUGACAGCAUUAAGAGUGUAAUAGAAGACUGGGAUCGACAAAAAGGCGUAUUACGCCCUAAAAAACCUUUAGAAAUUGAAGAACCAACAACCAAAAUCACCCCAUCAAGAAAGGUCAAAGGUGGCAAGCUGAAAGAGGAGCAUAUCGAAAUUUGUCCUGAAAUACCAGAACCGGAAGAGAGCAGAGAAGGACUGGGGGUGUCACUGUUAGAAAUUCAAGCAAACCAAGAGAUGGAGGCUGUAACAAGACGAUUGUUUGAUCUGGGUCUGCCUUCUACCGAGUCAAUUCUUGAUGGUUUGGGACUUAGUACGGAUGGAGUGCCUAUUCCUGGGCCUGUUGACUUUCAAGUGUAUCCUUUGCCACUCAAGAGGAAGAACAUUCGCCAUGUCCCACAAGAAAGGUUCUGCUUCAUUGCAUCUUCGCCUGAUGACCCCAAUGCCCCCAAAGAAGAGGCGCCCAAGUCCCCACCUGAGCCUAUUGAAGAGCCACCCAGUGAACCAAGUGAGAGAGACCACUCAUCCAGAGUUUCCAAACGCACUGCCUCCGUUCGGUCCGCCGAGAACAGUGAUUCAACUGGUCACAAAAAGUCACCGCAGAAGACGAGUCGUAAGAAGAGCACUGUGAAGAUUGCAUCUCCCUCUCCCUCUCCUUCUCAGUUUGUCUCCGCAAGGGAAGAGACACCUCCAGUGGCCAAGACUGAGACACCUGAGACAAAACCAACCGGGGGGCCAGUCAAACUAGUAAGGUUUCGCUGGGUGGUUCCCCCUAGUGGAGAGACAAAGCUCAAGCUGCUCUUCCAAUCUCAGGCAGAUAUCGGACAGUUUGAUCAGACACUCAACUUUGAGAUCACUGGUACCAGAAGGAGGACUCAACUGUUCUGCCGUGGUCACUGCGAGAUGCCUACAAUUUGCCAAGAGCCAAGGAGUGUGUUUCCUUCUCGGAAAAGAACAAAGACCCGGGAGGAGAUCGUGCAUAAGAAGUUUGUGUUGAGUGAAAAUACCUACUACUUUGGGCCACUGCACUGCGGCAAGACCCGAGAUCGAUACAAAGACUGUAGAUAUCCUGAGAACAUGGAGGUUAUGCAAAUUAAGAACAUCAGCCUGAGUACAGUUGAUGCGGAGUUCUACUUUAUGAAGGACCAAAAUGCCAACACUUUCCUACUGGACCCUCCCAACAUGACUUUGAAGUCCGGAGAGAGUGAGACUCUCAGAAUCUGGGCAUACCCUAAAUCAGCGGAUGAGAUCAAAGACGCUCUUGUCUGCUGUAUCAAACACAACCCUAAUCCAGUCGUCUUCAAACUUGUGUGCAAUGGAGUUGAACCAGACCUUAAAAUCGACCGCAAACUCAUAGAAUUCAAGAAAGUCCUGCUCCAUAGAAAACAGACCAAUGUGAUCUAUCUACACAAUCACACCAUGCUGCCUGUUGCCUGGAAACUGAGUGGACUUGAAUCUCUCGGGGAAGAAUUCUCAUUCAGUCAAGUCGAGGGAGUAGUUCAACCAAGGUCAGAUUUUCCACUCUCAGUCAAUUUCAGAGCCGCCAAGCAGGUUAAUCACGCCAAGAAAGCUUUCAAGAUUGAGAUCUCUGACGUGGAGAAAAUAAUGGGUCUCAUGCAUGUAGAGAAUAUACAAAUCUUUGCCGAGGCGUAUGACGUGGCACUAGACAUCAGCUUUCCAAAAGGGACGGAUGGAGGACUUGACUUUCAAUGUAUUCGUGCUUGUGAUGAGCAGAAGCUGAUGAUUUUCCUUAAGAAUAAGGGAAAAUAUGACAUUGCAUACAAUUUCCUGUUUGAUGUGUCAGACACUGGGGUGGACUACACCAAGAUUUUCAGUUUUUCCCCCACUCACAAUACCCUCUACCCCGGAGAGAAGGCUCAGCCAGUCAGUGUUGUCUUUAAGUCCAACAAGGAGGUCACAAUUGUAAACAUGCCCAUCUUGAAAUGUCAGGUCAUAGAUGCCCAUGUUGGUGAUCAGGGAGAGGUAAUUGCCAACAUCCCCAUACGAGUCAGCGCUAAGGCUGUCUUCUCACACCCUCUCGUUUCACCAGCUAGCGAUAUCAACUUUGGGCCCAUGACUAUCAACGCGCGUAAAAGUGCUUCGUUCACACUCGAAAACAAAGGGGAAUUUGAGUUUAAGUAUGCCAUAACUAAGAAGAUGUCUUCCGAGGAGCAAAAGAUAAGGGCUAUCAGCAUGGCUGCAGUAGCAGCAAAAAAUCGCACAAAGUCCCGAGACGGGAGGGAGAGCUCUACUGCUCGAAUGAGUUUUACUAAACCAAGUGGAAUUAAGAAUAAAUUGUCUGAAGGAGGACCACUAAGGACUGAAGUGAUAGGUGGGAGUCAACGUUUGGUCCUGGGUAUGUUCACCGUCAACUCAGCUAUGGGAUCGAUAUUGGCUGGGCAAUCCCAGAUCAUCACUGUGGACUGUAUAGCUGAUGACAAGUCUGGACCUCGUGAGGAAAUCCUUUCCAUCGAAGUCAGUGAUAGACAAAUAGAUAUUCCUCCACUCAGCUACAAGAUUUGUGGAGAGGUGUUACAUCCCGAGAUUAAUACAGUGGAUGUGGCGUCUAUAUUUGAGGAGCAUCGUGUAUGCAGACGGCUAGGUGUGCUCGCCCAGCAUCAGUUCCAUGGUGAGGGCUGUAUUGGUGUGUACGGGGAAGAAGAGAGGAGGUUUGUAUUCAAGAGUGUCAUUGUCGGUCAGUUGGCAAAAGCUAGGUUCAAGAUCAGCAACAACAACAAGAUCGCUUGUGAUGUGCUUGUGUCUGUGAAGUCACCAACAGUCAAGCAGAAAGGCAGUAGUGAUCCGGUAUUCGAAGUCCAACCCUCCUCUAAAAUUGCCAUUCCCUCUCACUCACACAUUUACGCCAUUGUCAGUUUCAAACCAGCAGCCAUGCAAAUCUAUAAUACAACCUUUGAAGUCACUCCUGAAGGUGCCACCAAAAGCAAGUGUCUGGUAUUUGAAUUACAAGGAGACGGCAAUCUCCCUCAAGUGUCUAUCACACGGCCCACCCUGCACAAUGCUAAAGGCGACCCAAUAUUGCUCUUUAAGAGGCUACUGCUGCGCCAGUCCCAAACUUUGACUAUUACUCUUAAGAACACUGGUACUAUACCUGCAAAUGUCCUGCUAGAAAACACAGGCGAUAAAGCGUUUACUGUGACGAGUAUGGAAGAUGAAAUUGCGACUUUUGAAGAUUCAGCAGAUUCUCAAGACAAGGAAUCGAGUCGUCUGUGUUCUGUGAGUCUUGAUGUGAAUGAAAGCAAAGACUGCCUUGCAGUUUUCAAUCCUUGCUCCAUUAACAAAUACCACGGUGAGGUGUGUGUGUGUAUCCAAGACAACCAGUUUGAGAAGCCAGUGAUCCAGUUGGUGGGGGAAGGCUAUGAGGAUGACGUGUGUCUGGAGAAUGUGCGAGGGGAAGUGGCCAACUGGGGGGCAGAGGAGCGGGUUACUGACGACACUAAUGCCUCUGUAGAGAGCCAUCUCCAUUUUGGGAGUAUUGCUGUUGGCGAGAGUCGGCAGAUUGUAUUCACACUGACAAACAGGUCUAAAUCCAACACAACGGUCAAGUUUCAAUGGCCCACUUCACUCCCUUGUCUAACCUUUGCACCCUCUCUGGGCCACAUCAAACCAGGAUCAUCCAAAGACAUCACAGUCACGUUCAAAGCUCAAGCUAAUUCUGAAUCACUCUCAGCUCAAAUAAUUGCUGGGAAAAUCUGGAAAAUUUCGCUCUCUCAGCCUGCUGACUGGGAUGACCGUAUGAAGUCAGUUCGUUGGGUAAAUAUUGCGCAACCUCAACUACUGUCUGUAGAUAGUAGUGGCACUAGUAGUGUGCUCAAACAAAGCAUUACAGGACGUGUGCCAACACCGGCCAAGAAAAAAGUAAUUGAAACGGACACAGAGCCAGCCCAUUCCGUGGUGGAUGAGAGUCAUCGCGAUUUAGAGCUGCUUAUAUCAGCUGUGGCCGAUUUUGCAAAGUUUGUGUGCCCUGUGAAGGAAAUUCGUUUCAAAGACACACUCAUGUAUCAGUCUAAAGUGUUUAGCUUCCCGAUAAAAAACAAUGGAGUUAUUCCAGUGACCUAUAAAUGGGUGAUGGUUGACGGUGAUUUGAAAUCGGAAGAUAAGGGCAUGCCAUUCUCGAUUGAACCCUCCACUGGGAUCAUUCAGCCUGAUACUGAGACGAACUUCACUGUGAAGUUUGCUCCUCUAGAUGUAUUCAACAAGCAGUCUACCUUCAGAUGCAACAUGCCCAAUCUUGAUGGAUCCCUAGAGCCACUGACCCUCUCAGUGCAUGGUCGCUCCCUCAUGCCCUACUGCCACUUCGAGCUGGAGCACACUACUGACUACUUCUCACGCAGAAGUGGUGAUGGUCGGAGGAGCUUUGAAUCGUCCGGAACUGUGGAUCCUGCCAGCACACGUGUCAUUGAGUUUACCUCAUGUGGAGUGGGAGUCAAAAAUACAAAACGUUUUGAUAUCAUCAAUCCGACUAGCUCUGGCUAUGAGUUCCAAUGGACUGCUAGCAGCUCUCUGCAAUUCAACAACAAGUUUAAGUGCCUCACUCCAAAGGGUUACGUAGAGGGUGGCAAAAAGUUUGAGAUUGCGUUUGAGUAUACGCCGUCCUCUCUGGAGAGUGUUGAGAGUGUGUGGGUGUUCUCAAUCCCGUCCAUCUGUCUCUCCCACUCGUUCCUCUUGGCUGGCCACACUGACGAGCCCUCAGUCCACCUAGACAGGGCCUAUCUCACGUUCAAGGCCAUGCUCAUUGGCUCAAAGAUGAAGGAUACUGUGUAUCUGGUGAGCAAUGAGCCAACUCCGUACAAGUUUUCCUUUGAUGAGAAGAGCUGUCACUGUGACGGGCACUCAGGGCAGCUGGUUGUGGAGCCAAUGAUUGGAACAAUUCAACCAAACACAAAGAUUCCAGUCACUGUUUCAUUCACUGCUCGACACGAACAAGACUACAACUUCAGCCUCAACUGCAAAAUUAAGCAUAAACCGGACCCUCUGGUACUUAACGUAAAGGCUAAGGGCUAUGCCAUCAACACUGCCCUCUCCUACACUUCUCCUGGUGGCACUGAAAUAUCUCUACCUGUGGGGAAAUCAGAAACAAGAGUUAUCAAUUUUGGCUCUGUACCAGUCAAUGAGCGAGCCCUGGGCCAGAUCUCAGUGUUCAAUAAUGGAGAGUACAAUAUGGAGUACAAGUGGGUGUUGUCCAGCAAAUGCAAAACAAAGGCUGGUGGUGAUUUGGUGUGUUUGUCUCCAAUUGAGGGAACUGUGGUGCCUCAAGAUAGGGCCAAAUUCGAGGUCACUUUUUCUCCACCCUCAAAAAUGGUCCUCAAGGGAUGUGAGAUUCAACUACAGAUUGUGAAUGGGCCCACUCUCCCAAUAUCUCUGCGUGGUAUGGGUGUUGAGCCUCAGGUGGAGUUCUCUUUUGAGGAGCAUGACUUUGGGCCUCACUUCCUCCAUCGAUCAGAUAUGCCCGCAACACGCAAGACUCUUAACAUCAUCAAUAACGACAAAAAGGACAUUAGUGUUCACUGUCUGUACAAGGACCAGCCUCACCUCUCAGUGCAGUUCAUGUCCUGUAUUCUAGCACCCAAAGAAGAGGCACAGGCCAUCUUUGAGUUCAGACCUCGAGAUACCAUCUCUUACUCAGAGUCUGUAGUAUUCGAAAUAAACGGCCUCUCCAGAAAAUCAGUCUCUAUCAGAGGCGACGGUGCUCAGAUGAAGAUAGAGCUAGCCGACCCUGCACAUAAAGAAAUCAAGUUUGGAGCUUUACGUAUCGGCGAAAAGGUCAAGAAAGAAUUGAAACUGGCCAACCAUAGUCCCAUACCACUCUUGUUUCGAUUGUCUCUGCUGCCUAGUUCCAGCACUCCUGCAUUGCUUAAGGAUGGUGUGCUGUGUGUGAGUCCCACUGAGGAGAUCAGCGUCGAGGGUAAUGGAGGACAAAGCACCGUCAGCAUUGCAUUCAACCCCACGACCAGAGUACCACAAUUCUCUGAAGAGGUAACAUUGGAGUGUCUAGGGAUCUCUCAGCCACUGUUUGUUGUGUCCGGCUCGUGCAUUGGGCUAGAGAUAACCCUCGACACUAGCUACAUACCGUUUGGUCCGGUGGUCCAAGAUAGUCAGAGCUCUCGGAGAAUCCUCAUGAUCAACUCUGGAGACAUAGGGGCAAGAUUCUCGUGGGAGAACAGGUUUGGGCCUGACUUUGAACUCACCCCUUUGGAUGGAUACAUCUCACCAGGAAUGCAGAUAACUUUUGACCUGAUAUUCAGACCUAGCAAGUUGAGUCACGAUAUUCGCUAUGACAAGAUCCCGUGUCACAUUGAGGGCCGGGCUAAACCCCUACACCUCACACUCACUGGGGUCUGCAUUGAGAAGGUCCCUAUCAAAGAGGUGCUCCCAUUCACUACCAAUGUGCGCAAUAAGGAGACUCGUAAUCUCACCAUCCCCAACAAGACCAACUCUCACUGGCUCCUACGUCCGCUCAUAGAAGGAGAGCAGUGGAGUGGCCCUGAAACACUCAGCGUUGGCAGCAACCAGUCCCGACACUAUGAACUAACCUACCACCCUCUAACCAUGACCACAGACUCGCAGAAACAUUAUGGCUCUAUCUUUUUUCCACAACCAGACGGUACCGGGGUGUUGUACAAUCUGCAAGGCACCGCCGAGCCUCCUAAAGUUGUGGGAUCUCUUACACAAGAGAUACCGUGUAAGACUGCACAUACUGAGUUACUGACGGUUGAGAAUUGGCUGCGCCGGCCUCAAAGGUUUAGAGUUGAUGUACACAUUGUGAGGCCCGAGAAACUGGAUCGUUCUGUGAGUCUACACGGUCUAGACUACAUUGAUGUGCCUGCACUAGGGAAGAGGGACUACAAGCUGCACUUCUACUCAUUCAAAGAGUGCUCCAUAUUGGCCAAGGUGACAUUUAGAAAUGAGCUGAGCGGAGAGUACCUUUAUUAUCACGUCAGCUUCAAGUCCACUCCACCUGGCAUCAUGGGUACAAUUGAACUGAGCACUCCCGUACGCAAGAGUGCGUCCCAUGUGUUCACCAUCACCAACCCCCUACCCACUCCAGUCACACUAACCACCAACUGCAAUAUCUCUGACAUUAGUAUGCCAACCAACUUCCUAGUAGGAGCUCAGAGUGAGGGCAAGUGUAUGUUUGAGUACCUCCCACUCAAAGUUGGUGAGUUUACUGGUAAGCUAACACUGAGCAACUCAGACUUGGGCGUCUAUCAGUACGAGCUCCACCUACGGUCCACCUGUCCCCCUCCUGAGAGGCCUAUCCAUUUCACUACCAGUCUAGGGGUUAGUCAACAGCAGGCCGUGAGGUUUGUGAGCUAUGCCAGGGGAAGAACUGAGUAUAUUUGCAAGGUAGACAACAGUGACUUCCAUGUUGAGAGAAGCAUCACAGUGGCCUCGGCUGGAAGCAGUGGUACUGAAGCUAGCGUCGAUGUAAACUUUGAGCCCUCCCACCUUGGUGACACCCCUGCUAACCUAACCAUUUCCUCUAGCAGCGGAGGUGACUACUCUAUUCCAUUGCACGGGCACUGCCUCGCCCCCAAACCACAGGGCCCCUUCAAUAUAAAACCAGGCUGUAACAUCAGCAUUGCCUUCAGGAACAUAUUCACACAGAGCACACAGUUUGUUUUCAGCGUGGACAACCCUGCCUUUAGUGUGAAAGCUGGAGACAUCCUCAAAGCCAGGAAGACGUACAAUAUAAUGAUUACGUACGAUGCCAAGCAGGCCGACUCAAAUGUGGCCAGAACUGGAAAACUUACGGUGACUAGCCAGCAAUCGGCCAAGCCGGAGGGACGAGGAAAGUCCGGUGGAAUCUCAUGGGUCUAUUAUCUCAAAGGACUGCCUCCAGCCUAAAAACUAUCGAUGUCAGAACUUUUAACACUUGAAUACGUGCAAUUAUUAUGUAGAUCAUCCUGGCAACAAAAACUCACUUUUACUUGCUUAUUGUAUAUUUAAUGUUACAUGACGUGCCCCGUAAAAUGUGCAUACUCAUUAAAAUUUUAUUGUCACCAUUGAAACAAUUAAGGAUCGGAAAUGAUUAUGUGAAACAGUAUAAUAUUUGUGUGAUUGAGAAAAAAUUUAUCACAUAUACGAAUUGUAGUCGUAAAAAAAAGUACAGCUAUGUACGUUUUUUCUUUUUCUUCGACUUUCGUGAACAUUCAGCU